CUUAAGUUUUUGCGAAGUUUAGUUUUAUUAGUUUCAAUAAAUAAGGUUCUGUUAAUAAAAAUAUCUUUGCAAACAUUAUUCAGUUAUAUGUUGACAUUUUUAUUGUAAGUAUAAGUAGUAGUAGGGAUGGGUGAAAGUGAAACUACACAAUUAUCGUAAUACUAAUUCAUGUUGUCUGUGACAUUAAAAUAUAGUCCUGCAUUCUUGUGAAUUUAAAUUUUAACCUUACUUUUGUUUGAAGUAUGUAGAGACAGGUUUUAUUUGCAUUUCAAACAUUUAGUCUGAACUACUGUCAAAAUAAGUUAUUAUCGAAAGAUUAAUUGACCUUAUUUAAUUGAAGCGCUAAAGAUUCUUUUACGUUAAACAUGACAUUAACCUAAUAAGAUGAACUAGUUACUGAAAUUUUUUAAUUGUAUCACUCAACUAACGACUUUUUAAAUUUUAAGCAAUUAUUGUAGGCCGUGAAAUAUUUGUGGUCUUUCUCGGAUCCAAUUAGUCCUCGCAACUUCUGAUAUACAAUUAUUGUUUACAAGUCUAAAUGAUUUAAUUUUGAAUAAUAAUCAAACCAAUGACAACAGUAGUAGAUAGCUAUCAACAGUUAAAUGCAUCGUCAGAAACGGAAGGUGAUGAUGAUAAUGAAGAAAGGCCUCAUGAUUCUAAUCUCAUAAUUCAUGUCGUGCCAGAAAGUGAAAAAUCACGAUGGAACCACAUCGAAGACUUAGAUUCUUUCUUUACAAGGAUGUAUUAUUACCAUCAGAAACAUGGAUUUAUUUGUAUGAUACUCCAAGAAGUUUUUGAACUCGUUCAAUUCGUAUAUGUCAUAUUUUUUUCGAUAUUUUUGCUUCAUGGAUUAGAUUAUUCUAUAUUAUUUGAAGUCAACAAAAAUAAAACUUCACUCUCAGACGCUUUUUUACCAUUGGAACAAUGGAUAACUAGUAUGGGAUUCAUCACUUGGUCAUCUGUACUUUUUGCUAGUAUAUUUUGGUUUUUUCGACUUAUUAAAUUUUUUUGUCACGUCUUCCAAUACUGGGAUAUAAAAAACUUUUACAACUUAGCUUUAAAAAUCACUGAUUCAGAUUUAGAUAAUUUAACGUGGCAUGAAGUUCAGAAAAAAAUUAUAGAAGUUCAAAAAGAACAAGAAAUGUGUAUUCACAAAAGAGAGCUAACUGAAUUAGAUAUUCAUCACAGAAUACUACGCUUUAAAAACUACUUAGUUGCAAUGAUUAAUAAAUCUCUUCUUCCACUAAAAUUUCAAGUUCCACUAUUUGGAGAAGUAAUUUUUUUAACUCAAGGAUUAAAGUACAAUUUGGAGCUGCUAUUUUUUUGGGGUCCAUGGUCACCAUUUGAGAAUAAUUGGCAUUUACAAGAAGAUUAUAAAAAAUCUAGCAAACGCCAAGAACUUGCAACUUUUUUAUCCAAACAAAUUCUAUGGAUCGGAAUUGUUAAUAUUAUACUUUGCCCUGUAAUAUUUUUAUGGAGGAUUCUUUAUUCAUUUUUCAAUUAUGGUGAACUACUAAAAAGAGAACCCGGAAUAUUAGGAAUACGUACGUGGUCUUUGUAUGCAAAACUUUAUUUGCGCCAUUUCAACGAGUUAGAUCAUGAAUUAAAUGCUCGUCUUAACAGAGCCUAUCGUCCAGCUUCUAAGUAUAUGAGCAUGUUUACUUCCCCAAUGACAAUUAUCAUAGCCAAGAAUAUUGCUUUUAUAUGUGGAAGUAUUUUUGUUGUACUUGUUAUACUUACCUGUUACGAUGAGGAUUUUCUAAAUGUUGAGCAUGUACUACUCAUGAUGACCAUUGCUGGAACUAUAGCAGCUAUAUGUAGAUCACUUAUUCCUGAUGAAAAUCUUGUUUGGUGCCCUGAAACUGUUUUAACUGCCGUUUUAGCACACACACAUUAUAGGCCUGAUAAUUGGAGACGUCAAGCCCAUACGCACACAACAAGAACUCAGUUUUCUCAUUUGUUUAAGUACAGAGCAGUACAUUUGUUAGAAGAACUAAUAUCACCCCUCAUAACACCUUAUAUUCUAUGCUUUCGAUUAAGAUAUAAGACACUAGAUAUUGUUGAUUUUUACCGAAACUUUACCAUAGAAGUAAUUGGUGUUGGUGAUGUAUGUAGUUUUGCUCAAAUGGACAUAAGAAAGCAUGGAAAUCCAAGAUGGCAGAUCCCUGAUUAUUCAAGUGAUGAGGCAUUGAAAAUUAAAACUAGGAAUCUGAAUUCUGAACAAAAAGAUGAAAAAAUUUUUACGACUAAUGAGUAUAAUCAAGCUGAAGAUGGAAAAACUGAGCUGUCUUUGAUACACUUUACCCUUACAAAUCCAGAAUGGAUACCACCUGCUGCCGGAGAAAUAUUUGUUCGCACUUUGUGUGAAAGUGCUAAAACAGAAGUGACAAAUAUUGGAGUGUCUAAAUUGAAUUCGCUGAUAAUUAGCUUAGAGAGUAUAUCAAACUUAGGACCUAAGUAUAAUGAAGUGGUCUCAAGUAUUAUUCGGAGUUCUGUAGUAAAUAACAUAGAUUUGUCAAACAAUGCUGACUGUUUUGACAAUCCUCAACACAUGGAAGAGAUUUCUCCCAAUGGAUCAUUUUUUGUGCAAAAUUCACCUUCAGAUACUUAUAGCAUUCAUAAUAUUAUUUGUGAUCCACCAAAAGUAAUUCGGAAAGGUGCUAGCAGGGCUGAAGGUCCCCUGUAUACUGGAGAAAGGAGUUUAUUACUUGGCUUACAGCAUCUUACUGGAGCAUCUAGUUUAUCUUUUAGUGUAUCCGCGAUUGCAUCUGUCCUACAAAAUAGGGAAACAACUACGUCUGCUUUAGAAUUUACAACAAUUGAUAUGUCGUUGUCUACAUUAUACUUACACGAGCUUCAUCACAAAUAUGUCGAAAAAAAACCAUUGCCUAACUUAAGAGCCAGUAGUGGAGAAUCAUUUCAACGUAGCCCACGUCAACAACUUGAAGCAUUACCUGAAUUCGGACGAGAAAGAGCUCCACUUCUUUACCACCCUGAUUCUUCUAUAAAAAAUUAAAAAAUAAAAACAAAAAUUGUAACCACCGUAUGUAAAUAUGUGUAAAUUAGAAUACAUACAUUAUAUUAUUUUUUUCAUUCAAAUAUGGUGACAGAUUAACCUUUAAUAUCGAAAAUUUUGAGUUAAAUUGCCCACUUACAAGCCGUGUCUUCUGGCUAGAACUGGUAUUGAAACUUUUUUUUAACAUUUACUUCUGGGCUGCUUUUUCGAUGUGAUCAUUACAAAAAAAAAUCAAAUAUAUUUGAUGCAAAUGGUUUAAAAUAAAAAAAGUAGCAGUAUCGUGAAUAAAUUGCCAAUUUUUUUUUUUUUUUUUUACUAAAAGCUGCAAGAAUUUUAAACUUACAAUACUAGAACAACGUUUUAGUGUCUAAACAAA